CCCGGCCCCCCCGCCCUGAUUGGACGCGGCCAAAAUGCCAAAUAAGGCAGGAGCGGCCGGACUCGCGCACCCCACACCGGCACCCGAGGGGUUCCAGGAGCCCGCGGGGCGGGGGUUGGGGCCGGAGCCGCCCCGGACACGGAUGGGCACGGCCCGGCACCGGGACACUCCCACGGGCAGCGCGCGGCACUACGGACACGUACACGCGUGUGCACCCCCGUACACGUGCGCGCAGCGAUGCGCACAGCCGGGACACGCACCCCGCGCGCACACCCACCCGCACGUCCCCGCCCCGCCCCCGCCGCCCGACCUCCGAUCACCGCCCGGUCCCGUCCCCGAUCCGUCCGGGUCCCCGCAUCCCCUUCCCGCAUCCCCCUGCCCCGCACCGACCCCUCUGUUCGCUCCGCGGAAGGUGACCGAGGGCUGCGCGGCGGAGUUGCGCCGUGGCUUUGCCUGCGAACCCAAUGAGGAAAUAAGGCGGUGUCACAUGCGCUGUGCUGACAGUUGGCCCCAGCGAAUGCUGCCGGAGGGGUAGCGGAG